AUGAACUCAGCCAUACCCAUGUCCUCUUUUGAUCCAUUAUAGCUUCUCUCUCUUUCUCUCUUUGUUGGGUUUCUCUGGGAAUCAAUCAUAUCUGGACGUGCCCCAUCGUCUCCUGUACUCUGUCACUGUAACAAGGGUUUUCUAUUACGGGUCUUCUGUUCAUUCUCUUUACUUUGAUCACCGUCACCUCAUGUGUAUCUCCCCUUUUGCGCCCCCGCCCCGUUUCUGAAAGCUCUCUCUCCUUCUCUCUUUUUCUCUCUCUUUCUCUGCUUUUCUUGAAUCCUAGGUCUUUCUCCGUUCUUUCAACAUGGUGCCUCCGUGAUGGCGAGGAGGUGGAGGAGGCUGCUCGGGGUCUACUGGGUCGAGCUCAGUGUGGCGCCGAUUCUCUGUUUCGAGUUGUUUUUGUAGUAAAGUUACGAGCUUUUUCCGGUUUGAUCUCAGUGGGUUUCUUUGAGCGCUUCUCCCAUGGCGUAUCACCAACCGGUGCCGACCUCUCCGUUCGCCGGCGUCGUCGGGGAUACUACCUACACGAAGGUGUUUGUGGGGGGGUUGGCUUGGGAGACUCAGAACGACACUUUGCGCCGUUAUUUUGAGCAGUUUGGGGACAUUGUUGAGGCAGUUGUGAUCACCGACAAGAACACCGGCCGAUCCAAGGGCUACGGUUUUGUGACAUUCCAUGAUCCCGAAUCUGCGAGGAGGGCUUGCGAAAAUCCCAGUCCGGUUAUUGAUGGAAGGAGAGCUAAUUGUAAUUUGGCUGCUCUCGGACGGCUACGGCCGCCUGUUUCUUUUGGUACUUCAUUUUCUCCAUCUGCAUUUGAAAAUGAGCUAGGGCGUAUGAGACCGGUAGUGCCUCUUAUUGGGAGCGUGCAAACCCCAAGGAGUACAUAUGUUGGAAGCCCUUCUUACCAGCAACCCAGUACUUAUGGUUAUCAACCCGGAUUUGUAUAUCCACCCUAUGGGUACACAACAUAUACACCAGAGUUCUACCCACAGAGUGCUUACAACCCUUACCUGGCCCAGAAUUACGUUCAGAUAUAUGGUGUGCCUGGUACGGCCAGUGCAGGACUAUAUUCAUAUGGACAAGUGGGACAUCCCCCUUCAAGCAGUUAUGGUUAUGUUUCCCCCCAAAGUUAUGGUAUGCCAAAUCAGCAUGUAGUGCAAUUUGCUGGACCAAAUGUAAAUGGUGCUACAGCUGCAAUCCCUGCACUCCAAGCACCAUAUCCUGCAGGUAUGGCAGCACCAGCUCCUGGACAAGCACAAAUUAUAGUAACUGCCCAUUCUCCUCAGUUCACUAGUGGUUCUGAUCAAACAGCUGGUUGAAUGGUGAUCAGAAGUCACAUCGACAGGUAAUCCUUAGAUUGCCGCAGGACUUAGAGCAGCAGUUCUGCUACUUGCGUGGCAGGCUUGGUAUCUAGCCUUGCAAGCUGUCAUCUUGGCAUCUAGAGGUCAUCCUUUUUUGUGAAUCACGAUAAUGCAGAGUCAGUUGUAAGAUGUUGAGUCACUUCGAACUCCGGAGUCAGGUGCAUGGUAAGAGCCAGGGGCGCUCUUCCACCGCGUCAAGUAGAACGUGUUCUCAUGCCAUCGCUCGGACUAUUGGCCAUGGAAAGAUUCGAUGGCGCCGCUUUGCAGGAAUAGGGUUUUCCUGCGGUCAUGUCAAAUAUCCCCUCCUCCCCCUGUACCCUAAGGAAUCAAUGUCUGAUUCUUUCGGGACGAUCUCGUACCCGGGUUGGUUCCGUGGUCCAUUCCUAGCAUAACCCGGAUUGUUUCCCACGCAGCAGGAUGAAGUGCUGUUUCGCAUUGAUCCAUGAUUGUUGUUUGCCUGUCGAUCAGUUGAUGUGUAAUAGAACUCCCUAGGUUACAUCAUUGUUUUCCACUCUAUUCCAUGCUCUGAUAAUUGAGACAAUUGAGACAAUUGAGCUUGUAUUAUGCAGCAGCAGCAGCAUCUAAUUACUCAGACUCAAGGGUUUCUUCUUCCAUUUA